GCACUGUCAUAUCGCCGAAAGAUAUUUAUCACUGACUGGCUAUCCGACCUCUUGGACUCCUCCAACCAUGCGGAGGCGCCCACCGCCGUUAUCCUAGGGCUAUCAAAUGUACGCAAUCGCUUUCGACAUAUGUCUAAUUGGUUGUGGCACUCCAGGAUCUAACCUUGACCUUCCUAGGUCUUUGUUCAACUCAAUCUGACUCGAGAGGAGACAGAGGAGUGGAUGCCGUUGCUUGUCAAUCUCUGCAAGCUGACAAACUCAUGUCUGAAAGCCAUCCGUAAACUGCCCGACCCUGCCUUGGCCUCUUUUCUCGAACACAAGGCUUGCAUGGUUCUCGCCUCCGUAAUCCUCGGCUCAGGGACGCGCGUACUUCUACAUGUAGAUAGAAGUCCUAAACGAGAGCGAUCACAGGGAUACGUUGCAUGGAACAAAAAAGUGCUAGAUCUCACGAAGAACUUUCAGGAGUUCAUCGGGGAACAAGUUCAACAGAAUCCGAACCUCAAAGCACAUGCGGGCGACGUGACUAUUGGGCUCUGUAAUAUACUUCCUAGUUACGCGGAGAAAGCAGGGUCAGAUUAUGCCUAUUUGAACAUGGCAUUUAGAUUUAUUGUCAUGCUCGUACCCAACUGUGAGGAGAACAGGGCCCGGCGCUUAGAUACGCAGAGCAUCAUUCGAUUAUUGCUCGAUGGUAUCCUCGGCGCAUUUGGAGAUAUCCUCAGGACUUAUGAACAAAGUUCUCAAGUGGCGGAGACUUACUUCGCAAGGCGCUCGACCUUGGCCAAGUUUUAUAUCGCUCAUCUCCGUGCGCUCGUCGACCCUCUAUUCAAGGGCAUAUAUGGUUCAAGAGAAGAUGCUGCGACUUGUCGGGAGCUAAUCAGGUUUUUUCUCUUUUUCACGAGGAGCCGCUUCAUUUCGAGCGAGUCGAUAAGGAGGAACCAUCCCGAGAUUCAGUCAGAGAUAGUGAAAUUCGUCGGCCAUGUCGAAGAAAUUGUCGUUUCUGCGAUGAUUGAAUCCAAGAAGGUCACGGAUGAUGAAAAACGGGCACUUAUCCACGAGUUUGCAAUGGCAACAGGACCUCGCGCUGCUUUCGACUGUGCUGAACCACUGUCUGAUUAUGAAUGGGAUGUGGGUCGGUUAAAGUUUUUGCUCAAGACGAUAUCGAUGUUCGACGAGAUGACCGCUUCGCUUCAGCUGCAGCUGUAUCCUCCGCAUGAAGGCAUUACCAGCGCCUCUCUGCUUAACCGAAUCGUGGACUGCGUGAACACUGUCCACUUGAGCGACUUUGUACCGGGAGGCACAGAUGGUGCUGUACAGGAAAAUAGCGAUCUUUACUUUCGAAUCCUUUCUGAGCUGUGCACCUUCGCGUUCCUCAUUCAACCAAAGCAGUUUGCGCGAUUGCAAGUUGAUAUGGUCGGACUCCUCUUAGGCCGGUCGGAAUUGUGGUCUUUGGUCGCCUCAGAUUGGUGGAUCUGUAUCGCCCAGAAACUCGGUCAGGCAUUUACCCUCAAUCAAAUCCUAGUGCUUUUGGAUCUGCUUGCGUCCUUGCCAGUAGGGAGAACCUGUCAGAAGAUUGGAGACCUCAUCGGUUCCCUGAUCCCGCUUCUCAAUGACCAAGCUCAGCUGAGUGUAACGCAAGCCUUAAUGGCCUUACUUGAUCAAAAGCCGCACCAAAGCGUACAUACAGUUCUGUCCUGUUUCCCAUACUCAAGUCUUGGCCAAACGAAUAUGGAUCUACUAGUCAGCAAGUGCACAGAUGGAUGGAGGAACGCCUGUGAUUUUUUGAGCAACGAGCGUUUAGUGCUCGACGCGUUCUAUACAAUGCAUCAAUACGUCGCAUGCUUGGCCUCGAUAUUCAGCAAGAAGGAACAGCAUCGGACUCUGUCGGAUGAGACAAGGCUCGAUCUCGUUGGUUGGGGUGCAGAGAUCAUUGGAGGUGUCCAUGAACUUCUGGUACUCGUACAUGGUGAUAGAAAGGCCCUGUUCAAGGUACGCGUAUCCACCAAAUGCGUGGUCUUUUUUCGACAUCGCGGACCAAACGUUCUGAAAGCUACUUUUUUAUGCUCUAGAUAUCUCGGACGAUUGAAGACAUCAUCGCGUUCCUUCAGUCCAUGCAACCACUCCAGAGUGCUGAGAUGAUCCAAGUCCUCAGUACUAUUAUCUCGUGGGAAAAUUUACCCGUUGAGUCGCGACCUUUGUCGAGAGUAUCGAUUGCCAGGUUCUUGGAAUCAUGUGCUUGCGUAGACA